AUCAGUUAUUACAUAAUUCACCUAGUACCAAAACUAAAGUUGAAGAAGCAAUAAAUAACUUACUUCUAGAUAUUAUUAAAGAUUCCACCAUUUGUCCAGAAACUACUGAAAAAUUAAUAAUUAGAAUUAAGUUUGAUAAAAGCCUAAAAGAUCUUGUUAAAGAUAAAAAUUUGUCAUUUAAAUUUACAUAUCAACUUAAGAAUU